AUGCGGAGGGUCUGUGGAGUGCCUGUUCACAUCAAGGUUCACACAGUUGCAGAGCUUGCUUGGACUGGCGACAUUGAAAAGGUCUUGCAGCGACUUGAGAGUAACAACUUUUUCCCACCUGUCCUUCAUCUUCAAAUACUCAUGAUGGCUGCCCCUCAAGCAUACUGCUAUGUCAAUCCACCACUCCUCCUCCAACUGGUCACCGCUCCAAACUCAACUCACCCGUACCAAUUGACCUUUGGUUUGAGUAUUGACUGCAUCAACUCCAACACUCAUCACCCUGUAGCAGUCCAUUUUUGGACUAUCAAUCCACCUGUCAUUGACAAAGUUGUUGAUUUCUGGGGUUCACUUGCCCACAAUGGAAGCUCACAUGCACCGCUCAUGGUUUUUGCAACAUCCGUUGAGAGGUUUCAGUGGGCCAAUCUGGAUGCCAAAAAUUACAUGAGUCUUGUCCCCAAGGAGCGUCGCCCUAUGAUCAUUGCCCAGGGUACGGUCUAG